UCUCCAUUGUCGAAACCCUAGUAUCCUCCCUCCAUUCAUCUUCCAUCAGCAGAAGCGUUACCUGCAGAGCUCUCCCUCUCCCACCACCAGCAACCACCAUGGGUCGCGUACGUACCAAGACGGUGAAGAAGUCCUCUCGCCAGGUCAUCGAGCGCUACUACUCGCGCUUGACUCUGGACUUCCACACCAACAAGAAGGUUCUGGAAGAGGUAGCCAUCAUCCCCUCGAAGCGCCUCCGCAACAAGAUCGCCGGCUUCUCCACCCACCUGAUGAAGCGGAUCCAGAAGGGGCCCGUCAGGGGCAUCUCGCUCAAGCUCCAGGAGGAGGAGAGAGAGCGCCGCAUGGAUUUCGUCCCCGACGAGUCUGCUAUCAAGACUGACCGCAUUGAGGUCGACAAGGAGACUAUUGACUUGCUUGCUUCCUUGGGAAUGAGUGAACUCCCCGGCGUUGUCCUCAAGGAGGAGGAGACCGUCGGAAUUGCCCCCGCCCCUGCUUACGGCGGCGGGCGUGGUGGCUUUGGUGGAAGGCGGUACUAAAACAUCUCUCUAUUGGGUUUCAAUACUAUUUAGUAUAAUGUAGACCAAGUGUUCUUCUAUCUAAGUGGUUUGUUUUCUAGUACUUGUGGAAAGACUUGUGGUUUUUAUGUUUUAUUACCCAUGUUUGAUCUAUGGUUUAUCAAUUACAAAGAUGUUCAAGAUUUUGUUGUUAUGUUUUAUUUGCCGGAGAUGAUUAUGCUAUCUGUCUGCUUUGAUAUUA